AUGAACAACGAGCAAUUUCGCCGCCUUGUUGGGGCCAAUACCCCCAAACCUGCCGCGGAUCGCAAUGGCGCGUCACCAGGUGCAGCCACUCCACGGGGAGUAUCGCUUGGGUCCAGACAGAAAUCAAUUGGCUUCCAUAAACCCGAUUUUGCCCGACAGAUAGCAGACCAAAGCAAGGAUCAGAAGCAAGCCAAAAAGUUCAAGUCGUAUGACCCGAAAGGCAGCAAACUAGCAGAGGGCUAUGUCGACCGUGCUCGAAAUAGGACCGCGGAAGAGGAGGAUGAACGAGCAGCGCGAAUAAAGGCACUAGAAGAGUCCUUAAAGAAGGGGGAGAUCGACCAAGAAACCUUCGACAAGCUCCAGAAUCAGAUCGCUGGCGGAGAUCUAUCCAGCACACACUUAAUAAAAGGCCUCGACUUUAAACUUCUCGAACGAAUACGCCAAGGUGAAGAUGUCUUUGGCAACGGCGAUAGUGGCGCGAAAGAGGAAUCUUCCGAGGAAGAGGCCGAUUUUGACGAAGAGCUAGACAAGUUAGCAGAAGCAGAGGUCACCACAGUCGCGAAGGAUAAGACUAAAAAGAAAGGGCAAUUAUCAACCGCCCCCUUGAACCCAUCGAAGAAGCGAACGAGGGACCAAAUUUUAGCCGAUAUGAAGGCCGCAAGGGACGCCGCGAAAGCGAAAGAAGAUACUGGUCUUGGCUCCAAGUUCAAAAAGAUUGGCGCUAAGACCCCCGGAACGAGAAUAGAGAGGGACAAUAAAGGUCGAGAGGUGCUAAUUGUGGUGGAUGAGGAUGGCAAUGAGAAGCGUAAAGUACGAAAGACUCAAUCUACAACCGAAGAGACACCCAAAGCUGCGAAUAUGGUGCCUGAUAAGAAUGCCAAACCUCUUGGGAUGGAGGUUCCAGAACAAUACAGAAAGCAGGUGGAAGAACCGGAGGAUGAGGAUGUUAACAUCUUUGACGAUGUCGGUGAUGACUACGAUCCUCUUGCGGGGCUAGAGGAAGAGGAUUCUGAAGAUGAGGAAACUGGUGAGAAGAAAGUGCAACCAUCUGAAGCGAGCAAAGAAGACAAGGCUUCUAUGCCCCCUCCACCUCGGCCAACCACUACGACGGAGCCGAGAAACUACUUUAAGGACUCUAAGACAGGAUUGAUAUCGUCAGAAAAACUCAGCGCGCCUUCUAUGUCUGAUCCGGCGAUACAAGCAGCUUUCAAGAAGGCCGCAUCUCUCAAGCAAAUUCCUAAAUCGGAUGAGGACGAUGAGGAAGCUAGAGCUAAAGCAGAGCGCCUAAAGAAACUGCUUCAGUCCAACGACCGCGAUGCGGAGGACAUGGACAUGGGCUUCGGCACGAGUAGAUUUGAAGACGAAGAGGACUUUGAAGAGAAAAGAGUUAAGCUGUCAGAAUGGGGGCAUGAAGACGAUGACGACGGCCAUGGUGGGGGGAGCGGUUCUAAGCGCAAGAGAGGCCCCAAAAAGCGGAAAGGGGACGGUAAUAACGCCGCGGACGUGUUACGAGACGCCUUCGCCAUCCUCCUAGCAGCCUACCACCCCGCCAUCAAGCUGCUCGGCAUAAGCACAGUCCACGGCAACGCCUCGCUCGAGAAGACGACGCGGAACGCGCUCUCGGUACUCGCCGCGAUCGGGAAACACGACGAAGUCGACGUGUUCCCCGGCGCCGCGCGCGGGCUCGUCCGCCCGCCCGUCCACGCAACGGACAUCCACGGCGAGUCCGGGCUCGACGGCACCUCGCUCUUACCCCCGCCCCCGCCGCACCGGCUCGCGAAAUGCACGGCGCCGGACCACCCCAGCGCCGUCGAGGCCAUGGCCGCGGCGCUGCGCGCCCAUCCGCCUGGCACGGUCUGGAUCUCGGCUACGGGAGCCCUGACUAAUGUCGCGGCGCUGUUUGCGAAGUAUCCGGACUUAGCCGCGCGGAUCAAGGGGUUGACGGUCAUGGGCGGGAGUGUCGGGGACGGGUUUACGCCUGCGGUUAUGGGGGUUGUGGAUGGGAGGCCCCGCGUCGGGAAUUAUACGGAGUGGGCGGAGUUCAAUGUGUUGAUCGACCCUGAGGCUGCGGCGGCUGUGUUCGAUGAUCCGGUGCUGGCGGCGAAGACGACGCUUGUUCCGCUCGAUCUGACGCAUCUGGUGCUGGCGACGAAGGAGGUGCAGGAGUUGCUGCUGUAUGGUCCGCCUACGGAUAGGGGGCGCGAGGGCCAGCCGAGGGAGGGGAGGGGAAGAUCGGAUUUGAGGGUUAUGUUGGUUGAGUUGGUGAAUUUCUUUGCGAGUACUUAUCGUGAUGUAUUCGGCAUCACGGAGGGACCGCCGCUACAUGAUCCGCUAGCGGUGGCGGCGAUACUGACGGGCACGGAACACGAGAUCCCCUUUUACGAUUAUGAUCCUAAGAGCCCUGAGGGAGCUAGUCGUAAGGAGCGCUUUUCGGUGCAAGUUGUGACGGAGGGUACGCUUGAGGACGCCAGGGAACGUGGCGCACAGACGGGCCGCACUAUUGUCAAGCUGCUGCCCCCUGGUAGUGAAGGCGUUCGCAUACCCCGCGGCUUAGACAUUAAGCUUUUCUGGAGGGUUAUUGAGGAGUGUUGCGAGAGUGCGGAUCAGGUUAACAAGAAGAUACUAUCCAAGCCCGCGAAUUGA